AUGGAUAUCAAGCAAGCCAUUCCGCUGUCCAAACAGAGCAAAUACGAUCUUAUCCAUCUCCGUCUCAUAGCUGCGGGUAUUGCAUCGACAGAAUGGGAAUUGGUAGUGCACAGCAUCAUUCAGUUGCUCAAACCAGGAGGUGAAAUUCAAUGGAAAGAAUGCACAUGGGCAGAUGUCCAGCAUAUAAGUGGCAGCAUACAAUCUUCCGUACAUACAACGCGAUUGAUGGGGUCUCGCUUCAAGAUUGGCCUUAAAGAUAAGUUCUCAUAUGGCUGGAAGAUGUUGCCCCAGAUUUUCCAGAACAAAGGACUUGUAAAAUUAGAGGAAGAUAUCGUAAGCUCGGAUCGAAGUUGUGGACACGAGAACUACUCUCACAAGUAA